AUGUCCUUCUUUAUCCAACACCAAACAACACAAUACACGGCUUACUCGGGAAGGGCGAUACAACCCACUCCAUACCAACCUUACCACCCACCUUGCUCGUUCGCCCCACAAGUUUCGUUGGGUGAUGCCCAAGGUUGGUUAAAAGAAUCAGCCCCGGACUUGAUGAAUGAACAUCCGACAUCGAUCGUGCCUGGGAUCGACCCCAACCAGCUUUUCCUCAUUUCCAAAAAUGUCAAGGGUGUAUAUACACCAAAAGACUUGUGGAAUGUUCGGUAUUUGUCGCCUGCGGAGCGAUACGAGCUUUAUGUCUCUUUCGGGGUAUUCGGCCGCACGAUGCAAAGUCAUGAGCCUGGCUCUCCAGAAUAUACUAGUGCUUUUGAUCUUAUCAAAGAAAUGAGCCAAGAGAUUGCCCAAAAGGAGGCACAGUGGUAUGCUCAAUUUGCAGAUAAGCGGAGAGGGACUCGUGAGCAGCAGACCAAGCGAUUCAAAGACAUUGUGGUAGAACAGAUGCACGCAGUUGACAUUCGAUCUGCUCCUCAGGCAAGCAGCGCCUCUUCUUCAACGCAUAAGCGCCGUGCGCCGGGGCCAGAAGCUGGGGAAGACUGCCGAACCGCCAAACGAGUUUCACCAGAAUUGGACGAGUCAGUGAGACUGGAAAGAGAGGCGAAAGCUAAGGCGGAACACCAGCGAUAUCUCGCCCAAAAGGAGUUUGUUGACCGUAUCUACCUUGAUGGCGAUCGCUCGCGAAAAUCAACAGAUCCCAUAUGGCAGAAGCUAGCCGCCUUCGAUGCCUUUGAGGCCGCGAAGCAAAUCCCUCUGCCAAAGAAGAAACGCCGACAGUCAUCGCCCGAGGAAGAUGAACCGAGAUUGGCAGAUCGAGACGGCCGCUUCCAGCUUCCAUCCCGCGACCUGGCAUCAUACCCACUUAAGACACCAGACAGGUACAUGUGUCUUCACGUGGACACGGGAUGCGGAGGUAAAAAGGAUUGCACUUGCCACAACCAUGACUGUUGCCGCAACGGCUUUACUCUCCGCCAGCUCGAGGGCGCCGUCAAGCGCAAAUACGAAAGGGUUUGUUCCAAGAUUGAGGAACAUGCUUUUAUGCAUGGCGAUUUGGACCAGAGGUACAAGACGUGGGAGAAUUGGUUCAGCAAGGUGAUGCGGGAUCGAGACUCGACUCGCGUCAAGGCUUGCAUGCCACCACUGGAGUGGAAGCAUGAUCCGCGC